CUGCAGCGCGGGAAGGUUGUUUCUAGCGGCUCCGCGGCGUCGCGCCGGGCACCUGGGCUGGCGGUGGGGCGGUUGAGGAGGAUCGGUCAUGAAACAUCACCGUGCUCAUCCCCCUAAGGCAUGGAAGUCUGUCAGAGAAGGAGCUGCACAAAAGAAGAGCAAGUCACAGCAGCACCCAGAACCUUCCAGCAAAAAAGCGGAUGGAGGACAAAAACUGGGACAAGAGAAAGAGGUCACACAGCCAGCCAAGAAGAGAGAGAAACGACAGAGGGAGCAGUCCCUUGAAGGUUCUUGGAGCACAAAAAAAGUGAAGUUGUCCCCUGGCAAAACAGCAGCCUGGCAGCUACUCCCAGACAGCAGCAUCAACCACCUGGGAGGCAUGAUGGAUUCAGUAAUAUUAUCCAUUCUGAGUAAAUCAGUACAAGAAAAAGAUGACAUUCAAAAGCACCUGAACCUCCUGAAGGAAAGGCUUCUAAGACAUUACAAGACCCUGAAGGUGCCUAUUGGGAAGCUAAGCAAUCUGAAAAAUGUGCUGAGUCUUAAGGUGGCAGAGAAACAGAAUCUCUCGUCCAAUGAAGAGGCUAUGGCACUACUGCAGGAAGAAAUAACCACAGUUGUGCAGACUGCUGAGAACACAGACGAGAAUAUUCAGAGCCUGCAGGACAAAAUACAGACUCUCAGGAACCGGUUGGAGGAAGCUGAGAACAAGGCUAAGAAGCUGUUCCAGAAAAAUGAUACAGGAGUCCUCAGUCUUCCAGAACUCCCAAAGCACAGCCUGACAGCACCCAUUCUGCAGGAGGAGAUUCUGAAAAUCCAAGACCAGAAGGGUAUUCUGAAGGACCUAAGCACCAUCCAGCACUCAGCUGAGAUGAAGAACAUGUUGACCCUCCUUGAACAGGCCUAUGAGAAGGUGGACUCCCUUUGAGGAAUCCGUACACGAAGUUAUGCUGAGGCAGGCUUUAUUUCAUGGUCCAGCAGGUGUUGAUCCUGUGACAAUAUUUUUGCUUCUAAAGACUUGCCUUCUGCAAUCACCAAGUGUCUAUUAAUCAAUCGUUUAUUAGCCAGAUAUUGGCACAAUAUAUUGAUUGUUGCCCAGUGGGACAUUAGUGACAUGCUGCUUUUUCACUGGCGUAAAGACCAGACAUAUAGAACCUAGCUCAUCCAGAAAAGGAGCACUUUUAAAUAGUGUAUAUAUUAUCUAUUAAUAAACUGGAUUAUGGCUGUUAUUUUCCAUUUUCAAACAUUUUUUUGUGGUUCAGAGAACUGAGUGACAAGCAGCAGAUUCCACUAGCUCUAAUAUUGCAUUGAAAGGUCUGGAUUUCUUUUCUUUUCUUUUGGAAAAUUAGGAUUGUUUCAUUAUAUUAGGCCUGUCAUGCCAGAGAUAUGACUAUAGUCCCUUUAUGGACUCAACAUUCACUCUAAAGAGAAAAUUAAAUCCUAUUUGAAGUUGAA